AUGACUUUUGAGAGUGUUUAUAAUAGCUUUGGGCGUGGGAAAAGACAUUAUCGUGAGGAUCAAUUUGGGCUGGGAGGUAUGUACGGAUGGGUUGCGAGGGAGGAUGAUUAUUAUUCUGAUUGUGUUCUUGGGAAAAACUUGAGGAAAAGUGAUUUGAAAUCAAUGAAUGAUGUUCAAGCUGAAUAUGUACGGAAGAACGAACAACUUGUGACAAAUUUAGUUCAUUUGAUUGAUGAGAAGAAUGACAACUUGGAACGAGUUAAGCUCGAAUUGAAUGAGACCAGCUACUCUCUCAAGAACUUGGCGGAGAGAAAUGCGCCGAUAAACAGUAACCUUGAAAUAGCUGAAUUGGAGUCUAAAUUAAAUAUAUUAAGGAUUACUGAAGAGCAAAAGAGAGUGAAAGAGGCACGCCUCAGAGAAAGAAUUGAAGAGGAGAAGAAAUUGGAUGCCAAAGAUAAACUGGAAUUAGAGGUUGAAAUGUUGAGAGGGAAAUUGAAAGCCUUGACGUACAUGGCAGACUUGGAGUCGAAGAAGAAGUUACAAGAAUUAACCAAAGAUCUAAAAGAAGAAACACAACAUCUUGAAGCCCUUAACCAGACUCUUACUGUCAAGGAACGAGAAAUCAAUGACGAGCUGCAGGACGCUCGAAAAGAACUAAUUAAGGAACUGAAAGAAUUAGGGAGUCGUGCUCCGGUCCGAGUUAAGAGAAUGGGGGAAAUUGAUCUUAAACCUUUCCAGGAUGCAUGCAAGAAAAAGUAUACCGCUGAUGAAGCAGAGGUUCAGGCUUCUAUACCGUGCACUGAUUGGCAAAAUGAAAUUAAAGACCCAAAUUGGUUUCCUUUUGUAAAUGUCAAGGUUCGGGAUGAUGUAUAUGAGACGAAGAUAGAUGAGGAGGAUGAAAAAUUGAGUCGCUCGAGGAAUGAGAUGGGUGACGAGGUAUUCAAAGCUGUUGCAACUGCUUUAUUGGAGUUAAAUGAGUAUAAUGGGAGUGCGAGGUACGUAGUCUCAGAAUUAUGGAACUUCAAAGAAGGUAGAAAGGCGACUUUGAAGGAGGACGUUGCUUUCUCUAUAUUAGCAGCUGAUUAUGUCUUCUCUUUUGAUAUUGUUCUUAAACAUGGUUGUUGUGGUGGUGGUUUUAAUCUAUAUUGGAGAUUAUCUGCAGAUUCUGGUCAUGUUUCUCUAAUUUUCUUAUUAAGAAGCUAA